CUUAGACGUGGGUUGUGGAAGGUAUUCGACGAUGGAGAACGUCUGUAAAGAGGACGUGCUUCAGGCUUUGAAUGAGUUUGAUGUCAAGAGCGAUAUCCCGAUUCCGAGCCUGCUCGAGGAAUACCUACAUUUCGUUGCGUCCACUGGGGACACUGUUUUCCCAUGGACGAUCAUCAAAGUACUUAUGCGAAGAAAGAUCGAGCAGGUUCUCUGUGAUUUCUUGAUAACGUCAUCUCCAGAUUCCGUGCCGACGUCCCCUAAUGUAGACUCGUUCAAAUAUGCCCUGAUGAAAGAGAAAAUACUCGAAGCUCUAGAAUACUUCAAUCAAGCACCGUUCACCAUACAGCGACUGUGUGAAGUCAUGGUGGAUCCGAAGCGAUACUACAAGCGAAUCGAUAAACUCAUGCGAGCGAUCGAGAAAAACCUCUUGGUGACGACAACCACGGAGCCGCGACGUCCGUCGAGUCCGAGCCCUCAUCUGAGCGGAGUUGUCAACGGAUUUGAGGAUCGAACCAAUGGUCACCAUUCCGAGGAGCAAGAUGAGGAGCAGAUGGAUACUUCAGGACCCCCAGCCCCUUGCCAACCUGUUGUUGUCGGAAACUUCGACGAGUGCUCCAUGGCUGUGAGAGCUACAGAAGAAGAUGAGGAAGGGAUCGAGGACAUCGAGGUGGACCAGGCUCCAGACGCGAUACCGUCGCACACACCGACGCAAAACUUCGAUAUCGCAAUGGCCGAAGUGCAACAGGGAGGAUCCUCUCAGGAGAAUCUCCUCCAGAUACAGCUGCAGAUGCGGGAGCAGCAGCAGCAGCGGGAGCAGCAGAUCCUUGUCGGCGCGGGUGAACAAGCCGCAGCCGAAGACACCUCGUCGUCGCAGUCUUCAGAGAAGUCUGAGUCCGAAGAGACCGACGCGUCGACGCGCUCAGCUGAGGACAGUUGCAGCAAUGACGCGACUUCUGAUCUCGAGCAUGGAGACGCGCGGGAAAGCCCCCUGGAACCCGACGCUGAGCAACAGGUGAGAGCACAUAUUGGUCUCGGAGUCCAUCUUGCCGAAGCCUUUCUCUCUCAAUCUAGAAAUUGGCGUCCAGGGACGGGGAUCGAGUGGAUUCUCUCACUCGUCAGUGAUCAUUAA